GUCGGAGUUUUCCUAAUCCAGGAACAAAAAGCUCUAUCGAGAAAAACAUUAGUCUGGAAUUUCUUCAGAAAGUCAGCGAUAAGACUGAUCUGAUCUAAUCGAUUUCCCGUGAGAAAAAUAAGUUGCGUCAUUUUUUAACCAGACUAAAAUUGGCCUUUCAAUAGGAGUUUUGAUUGAUCUUUCAAUCUGUGAUUUUGUUAAAAAGACUCAGGAGGAGAAAGAAUAAUACUGAUAUACGAUUAGGACUUGUGCUAUUGGUCGAUUAUUACUAUAACUCGAAGUUGCACUGAGCUAGCUUUGCUCAGCAAGGAGAGAUUACAACAUGGUUUCUACUUGGUCCACCGACAUAAGAUGGUCUAAGCUUCGUCAGUUUGAGUACGGAGAACCAAACAACCAUCUUGGAGAACUUAAAAAAUCUUUAAGCACCGCUAGCGACGAAAGCGACGACGAAUGGUUGGCUCAGCUCGAGAGAGACUACGCCACAGCGAAGCGAAAACAUCGAGCUUAUUGGACUUCUUUGGAGAGAGCAUUGGCACUUGCGGUCAUUAUCUUUAUUAUUAUUACCAUUUCUUUAGCAUUUGUACUAAUAUUUAAACAGUAUAAUGUGGCCGUGGUAUUCGGUGGCAGUGGAUACAGAACGGAAAUCUGUGAAACACCAGGGUGUGUAGCUGCGACAUACAGUAUUUUAAAUCAUCUUGACAAGAAUGUUGAUCCGUGUGACGACUUUUACAACUUUGCUUGCGGAAACUGGUUCAAGAGCAGUUUUAUUCCGGUCGGACACUCAAAAUGGACAGCUUUUCAUCGGGUUUCGGACAACAAUUUGAUAAUACUGAAGAAACUUCUUGAGAACAAACAACUCAGCUUAAAUGGAAGUUCUACGGUUUUGACGAAAGUGCAAGAUUAUUUUGCAGCUUGCAUGAAUAAAUCUGUGCUUGAAAAGAGAGGCGCAGACCCUGUCAAGAAACUUAUUCACUUUGUAGGUUCCUGGACGAUAACCAACGCCUCAGAGGUUGGACCCUGGUCACCAGAGUCGUGGAAUUUCGAACAAGCCCUAAGUAGAAUUCACAGAUUGAAGAGUAUGCCUUUGUUUUAUAUGUUUGUAUCGGCUGAUGACCGGAAUUCGAGCCAAAACAUCAUACAGGUUCAGCAAGCUGGCAUAACACUAUCAGACAGAGAUUACUACUUCAGGAAUGAAUCAGAUAAGGUUGUGCAGGCGUACAAAGACUUCAUGGUUAAGGUGGGUUCACUCUUGGGAGGUGAAAUUAAUAGCACACGGCAUCAGAUGGAGGAGGUGUUUCAGCUUGAAAAGAAACUGGCCGAGAUUUACGAACCAAAAGAUCGACUGAGAAACAUGGAACAAAUUUAUCACAAAAUGACGGUAGCUGAACUUCAGCAGCUUGCACCCGCGAUUUCUUGGUUGGAUUACAUGAAUGCGAUGUUUAGCAGCCCGGUCACGCAUCAGGAGCAUGUGGUGGUUUAUACUCCAGAAUACUUGAAAAAUAUGUCGAAUCUUGUCAUCAGAACAGAUCGAAGGAUCUUAGCAAAUUACAUGGUUUGGCAUCUCAUCAAGCCCCUGAUCGGGGAAUUGUCCAAACCGUUCCGUGAUGCUUCGCUGGAAUUGUUAAAAGUUGAGAAAGGAGUGGAGACUGGGGCUCCGCCCUGGAAGAGCUGUGUUACUAAGACUAACUCGGUCAUGGGGUUUGCCACAGGAUACUUGUACAUUAAGGAAAGAUCAGGAAAAAAUGCUAAAAAACAGGCGGAGGAAAUGAUAGCUGAGAUCAAGGGAGCUUUUAAAGCAAAUUUACCCCAUGUGAGGUGGAUGGACGAAGAAACGAGAGAGAAGGCUUUAAAUAAGAUUACGGCUACUUUCGACAUGAUUGGCUACCCAAAGUGGAUAGAGGAUCCAGAAAAACUCGACGAAUACUACGAAAAUCUCACAAUAGGUCCCGAAAAAAGCUUCGAGAAUUACUUAGAAGCCAGAAGAUUUUUCCACAACAAGUCAAUGAACAGACGAGGAAAGCCUGUCGACAGACGAGAAUGGCAUAUGACUCCUGCUGACGUCAACGCCUACUAUAACUCGCCAAACAAUUACAUAGCAUUCCCGUCAGGAAUUCUUCAACCUCCUUUCUUUGAUCCGCAAUUUCCGCAGUCAAUAAAUUAUGGCGCAGUCGGAGUAGUAAUGGGACAUGAGCUGACUCAUGGAUUUGACGAUCGUGGUCGAAUGUUCGAUGAACAUGGUAACCUGGCCAGCUGGUGGAACAACCAAUCAGUGAAAGCCUUUCAAGAACACGCCUCAUGUAUGGUGAAUCAGUAUGGCAACUUCACUGUUGCUGGAAAGAACGUGAAUGGGAAACAAACACUAGGCGAGAAUAUAGCAGACAACGGAGGGCUGAAGCUUGCCUACACUGCCUACCAGAACUGGGUCGCGAGAAACAGCAAAGAAUUGAACCUACCUGGCUUGGAUUUCACUUCGGAGCAAUUGUUUUUCCUCGGAUUUGCUCAGGUAUGGUGUUCAGCAACUUCUGACGGGCGUGCCCAGCAUGCUUUGCUAACUGAUGUACACAGUCCUGAGAAAGUGAGGGUUCUCGCGGCAGUUUCCAACUCAAAGGAGUUUGCAGAGGCUUUUAAUUGUCCCGUCAAUAGUUCUAUGAAUCCGAUGAACAAGUGUCAUGUCUGGUGAUGCUUUGAAAUAAAUGGCAAUCAGUCUAUGAAGUCAAAAGCACAACAAUGCCCAAUUUUCCUGGGAACUUCGAUUCGCAGGCGCCGUAAGUCAAGGGUUCGACCAGUUCUUUGAGGAAGGACUUGUGGAAAAUUAACAGGUUCUUGGUUCCUACUUUCAAACAAGUGUCGCGCUCAUGGCAGUCCCGACCAUUUUCCAUGAGGACACCGAUUCUCUACAUUCUAACCCCUCUUCGGAAUCAGAGAUGCCAUUUCAACACUUGUUUUCAGACCCGGCCACUAGAAUCAAUCACCGGUUUCAGAUCUGUCGAAGUCAAGAAAAUUUUGCCUGAAACGUAGGUCUUGUUAAUUUCUCACACUAUUGACGGCAGCACAUCCCUAGAAAGCUCAUGUAGGAAAGAACCCCCCCUCAAUGAGAACUACAAGUAAAACAAGCAAAUUGCUUAAGGCGCGGGAAACGCCCGCGAUCAACUCGUGUUUGUUUUAAUUUCGCAUCUGAUUGGUUGAGAGAGUGGCGCCAGUUUUCUAGACCAAUCACAGAACGAAGUAAAGCAAAAACAAAGCAACGUCUGAUCACUUUCGAUACUCAUUUGAUAAAUUUGCAUUUUAGACUACUAAUUACAAAAUACACUUUGUGCAACGAGAUUGCUAUGGAGUCUGAAGUGUGUAGCACAUUAAGUUUCCUGUAAAAGUUGAUAUUGCUCUAAAGUUGACAAAUGUACUUUUGCUUGUUGUUUCGAUUGCAAAAUGUAAGGAAAUCCAAAUAUGACAAACGGGCAAUUCAUUCAGUAACGACUCUUGAGGUUGAGGUUUUUCAGUUUGCCCGUGCGUAAUUUAUUUUAUACUUAACAGAGCCGACAAUAUUUGCUGUAUCACUGUUACAAAACAUAGUUUGUAACACUAAUCGUAAUAUAGAGAUUUAUAUCAAUACCAAAAAAGAUUAUCAUUUA